ACAGGCACAACAGUUACAUUAGCAUCUCCAGCAACAUACCGAGGGGGAAUCACAGAAAGAGAGAGAGGGAUAGAGAGGGGGUAGAGGUUGAGGAGCAGGGGUUAUCACUGUCAGUCAGAAAGAGAGAGCGAGAGAGAGAGUGGACAGUGAGAGUGAGAGAUGCUUUACAGAGGAACUGUGGAGCGAGCAAGAAUGUAACAGGCAGACAGAAGGAGGAGUGCAGGAGAGAGAGAGAGAGACAGAGGAAAGCUGCUCUUUUUCUUUCCCCUUCCACACACUACUACACCUGCUCUCUCUCACCGCCCCACCUUGCCUCAGACCCUCAAUAUUGGGCUGUUCCCUCACUCCCCUCCUCCCUCUCUGCCUCCUCCUGUCGUACACGCUAGCGCUUGUUUCGUGCUGGGAGUGUGGCGCACCUCUCUCUCUCUAAUCUCGGUUGGUUUUGUCUCUCACUGCUCUGCUGCUGCUCUCACCGGGGACCCGUCGUCGGGAAACGGGAAUACAAACAUGGGAGUGACAGGCAGAUUGACUGCGGACAUGAUGGGAAUGGUCGUGGGAUUGAGCGGGAACGACACUGGAUUUUCCCAACAAUUCCCUCUCCCUCCCACCGACAUGCAGGAUUAACCAGGAACACAAGUUGGAUUCCUCCAGUUCCCAUCGGAGUAGACACCUGCUGGAGCACCUCAGCCUGUAUGACUACAACUGGAGAGAAGGAGAAGAGACAUAAAGAGAGAUGAGAGAAGAGGCUUAUGAGGCUUUCCAAGCCUCGGCCAAAAUGUGACAUUUAUUUGAGGAUUCUGAAAAAGGUCAAGACUAGAGAUUAUAAAAGAGGGAGGUAAUUACUAUAUGGCCCCCCCAACGGGAGUGGAUUUGAGAAUGGGCCCUGUUUGGCUCCUCUUGUUGCUGCUCACACCCCUUCUUUCAGCACAGGUUAGCAUAGUUUCUGAAUUGGGGACUACAGCCGAGUCAGAGGAUCCAACGUCUUCCGUUGUGAGCGCUACAGGGGAGUCGGGCACCCCCUACAGCCCUGAUCCCACAGGGUCGGUCACGACCCCCUCGGAAACCCCAGCGGAGGACUGGACGCCGGCAGAGACCUUUCUCUACAGUGGGGACGACUCCGUCUUGGAGAUAGUGGAGUGCGACCGGGCGUACAGUCUCACGGGUCAGAACAGCCCCCUGCCGCGAGGUUUCUAUGAGCCCCUCCGACCGUCCAUGGACGCCCUGGCCAACACGGCCAACUUCCUCAACAUGAUCCUCCAGGCCAGCGACCUGCGAGAGAGCAGUGUGCGAGAGGACAUGGAGUGGUACCACGCCAUGGUGCGCGCCCUUCUGGAGGCCGACCCCCUCAUCCGGCAGGCCCUCCUCACCUUUUGACACCGACCCAGCCUCCACCGCCCCCCAGCUCGUGCUCCGCGCCUCCCGGAACCCUUCCCCCCCCCCAGGUACCAGAACAUCCUCCUCCAGGACCUCUCUAGCCAAUGGGAAAGUCUGCACCUCCCGGCCCCCGCACCCGACGACACCUGGUUCAGCAGUUUCAAGUUUCCCACCUCCUCAAACCAGCCCACCUCAGCCCUAUCUAAAAGAGUCCUCCUCAAUGACCUCAGCACCCUGGACACGCCCAAAUGGGGGCAGGGCGAUAGCUACGUGACCAAUCGCAGUGGGGUGCGCUGGGCCAACGGGCCAUUCCUAGAGUGUGAGGACGGCCGCUUCCUGCCGGGCUGGCUGCUCACCCUAUCCACUUCCUUCUACGGCCUGAAGCCCGACCUCAGCCCUGAGUUCAGGGGUGUAAUCCGUGUGGAUGUAAACGUACAGGGCUUUGAUGUGAACCAGUGUGCCACGGGGGACGCUUGGUUUGCCAACACACACCAGUGCAACCGCACCACCAUGGAGUGUGAGCCAAUCACAGGCCAGGGAUUCAGAUUGGGCCAGUACUGCUGUCGCUGCAAAGAGGGAUACUACAGCCCCCCAAUGGACGGAGGUGGUGCCCUGAACGGCAGCGGUGGGGAGGGGGGUGGCGUGUGUUACCCGGCCCUGCCCAUCUGUCUCCCCUGUUGGCCGGGCUGCAGGCUCUGCGAGGACGGCUCUCCCUGUUGGGUAGAGGAGGACUGGUUCCUCAGAGCCGGGGUGCUGGCCGUCCAGGGCUUCUUCAUGCUGCUGGUGUUCAUCAGCAUGCUGGUGGCCUACCAGUUCAGAUGCAGCAGGAGGAUUCGGGCAUCGGGUCUCCUGCUUUUGGAGACCAUCCUGUUUGGCUCUCUGCUCCUGUACUUCCCGGUUUUCAUCAUGUACUUCAAGCCCAGCACCUUCCGAUGCAUCCUGCUUCGCUGGGUGCGACUUCUGGGCUUUGCCAUCGUCUAUGGAACGGUAACACUGAAGAUAUAUAGGGUUCUCAAGGUGUUCCUGUCGCGCACAGCCCAGAGAGUGCCCUACAUGUCCAGCAUACACCUGCUGAGGUUGCUGGGAGUCAUGGUUGUGACCGUCAGCUGGUUCCUGUGUGCGUGGACCGCGGGCGUUCUACAGAACCGUGACCGCAACGUUCCGUUACUGAUCAUAACGACCACGUCGGAUGGUCAGGGCUUCAGCCUCUGUGACCUAGACCGCUGGGACUACAUGAUGGCCGUGGCCGAGCUGAUGUUUCUGUGCUGGGGCAGUUUACUGUGCAGUGCUGUGAAGCCAGUGCCCUCAGCCUUCCACGAGCCUCGCUACAUAGGUAUCGCCAUACACAACGAGCUGCUGCUAUCCUCCAUGUUCCACCUGCUACGGUUUGUCAUGCCCUCUCUGCAUCCUGACUGGAUGCUGUUGCUGUUCUUCACCCAUACGCACGUCACUAUCACUGUGACACUUGCCCUGCUCUUCAUACCCAAGUUCCUCCAUGUGUCGAGGGCGGGGAAAGAGGAGAUUGCAGAGGAGGUGUAUGAGGAUGAGGUGGACUUGCGGCGAUCCGGCUCGUACCUCAACAGCAGUUUUACCUCAGCAGUUUGGAGUGACCACAGCUUGGACCCCGAUGACAUUCGGGAUGAGCUGAAGAAAUUGUAUGGUCAAUUGGAGGUCCACAAGACCAAGAAGAUGACAGCAAACAACCCCCACCUGCAGAAGAAGCGCAUCUCUCGGCGCGGCCUGGGCCGGUCCAUCAUAAAGCGUAUCACUGAGAUCCCAGAGUCCAUGAGCCGACAGUGCAGCCGUGACGGCAAAGAGGUCAACCUGGGCAGCAGGGAUGUUAUGCACUCCGAGUCCUGUAAGAGAGCGCCAGAUACUGUUAGCGUAAAUUACAAAGAUGAACCAGUAAACCAGCCUUCACCGGUGCUGCGUAAAUCUCAAAGUGACUAUGACUAUGUAACCGAUAAAGAUCCCUCCUUGCACGACACCAUGUUAAGGGCGAAUCUAGCUAAGAGAUGCUCACAGCGCUCUGAGACAGACUCGCUGGAUAUCGCACCAUUGGUCUGUAAGUCGGCCAGUGCCCAAAACCUUACAGUCGAUAACAAUCUCCUGCUUCCUGGACCUACAAAGCUACACAAGUCACUGAGUUUAGCGUCCAGUAAAGCCCACAGUCUGGAAGACACCUACCGGGUAGGCAGAAAUACUUCAGGCGAGCAGAGGCAGUUCCAACAGGAUAUCGCUAUCAAGGACCAGACCUCAAGUGCCCUUGUGCAAUCCCAGUCCUAUGACAAGGCCGAAGUGUGUCCCUGGGAGCUGGCGGAGGAACGCCCUGCCAAUAAGAACCAGCCACACGUUACCUUUGCUCCCUCCGAGGAAGAACCACAGAGCCCAGAGAGUAUAUCAUCACCAAUACUGAAACAUAUUUGCCCCUGGGACCAUUUACCAGUUCCUAACCCAGCAGAAAGUCCUGCUGGGGAUUCACAAGGGGGAGAGGCAGAUUGCGAGUCCCCGAGACCCCAGGCUCCCGUCUCCACUAGUGUACCUGGGUCCCCAAAGGCCGCAAACGACAUGCGGGUCUUCUCCUUCCGCACUUCCACCCAGAAAUGGCUCUCUGUCAAAUCUUUCGUAGGAUCUGUGGAUACAAGCAUCAAGGAAAAGGGAAAAAAGGAGACAGCAGGAGAUACGGUAAAGAAACAGGACUCAAUACCACGAAAGACCCAGGGGAGUGUUGCCGCCAUCGCCGUCAUCGCAGCAUUAAAAUUAAAAACUCCAAGCACUUCAAGCGCAGAAUCAAAAUCGCGAAGUGUUUCAAACUUGGAGAGGAAAUGUGGUGUUUCAAGCGUAGACAAGAGGACACAGCAAAAAAGAAGUAUGACAACAGGAGAUGUGAAACCUGUCCUCGUGAAACAGGCUGCAAUCCGACUGUCCUCAAUUGAUUCCUCUGAAAGAAGUCCGAGGAGAAUAGUGGUUGUACAGUCCACUGUCUAUCCCUGGGACUCAGAGGACAUGCAAAAGGACAGUGUGUAUGAAAACGUGUUCAUCUCAAGGGAAAACACUGCACAUAGCACAGCUAAGACUCCUUCCACUCACAGAAGAGGUAGCCAAAUUAGGCCUGCUCUGAGUUUUUCCCAAUCAGAGAUUUGCCCAUGGGAUGUUCCUGCUUCCUCCCAGCAGGCCCCACAGAGACAACAGAGCACCACAGCAGACAUCUGCCCAUGGGAGGUGGAGGAACCAGAGGAGGGUCCAAAGGCGCCUGCACGUGUCAGUGUAUGUCCUUGGGAAUCAGAAGGAGUAUUUAAAAAACAGGAGAGUGUCCGGGGAGAUGUAUGCCCUUGGGAAGCUGAUGUUUCCGCCAUCCCAAUUACCUCAGCGUCCAAACAGUCUGAGAAGAAACCAGAGGGUCUGAACAAGAAAGCAACAGAUGUAUGUCCUUGGGAAACUGAUGAAACCCCACAGAUUUCUCACGGCCUGAAACCCCAAAAGAGUGUACGGGUUGAUGUCUGCCCUUGGGAUGUGGGGGAUUCCAUCCCUGAAAAAGUAAAGGUGCCGAUAAUUUAUGAAAAUGUUAAUCCACAGGAGGACAAGGGAUUACGUAAUGCGCCACCAAAAUGUCAGGAGACAAUACAUGCCAAUGUCUGUCCAUGGGAAUCUGAAGAGACACCAAAAUCCCAAGACGGUGAACGGGAGAAUGUCUGUCCUUGGGAACCAACAGACACGGCAAGCAUGGAGAAACAAGAUGUACAAACAAAAAGCACAGAGCAAGCUAAAUCUGCAUCUGAAAAACUAAGUGUCCCCUUAGCAAAAGCAUGUCCAUGGGAAUUCCCUGACCCACAGAAAGAUUUGACAGUACUUUGUCCUUGGGAAGAGGAGAGUACAAAAGACAGCCCUUGUACAAAUGUUUGUCCUUGGGAAACUCAAGGCAGAACUCAAGCUGAUCCAAAAAAGACUGACAGCAUCCGAGUAAAUAUUUGUCCUUGGGAGACAGAGAAACCAGAGAAAACAGAGCAGCAGGACAGCAGUCCGGCUAUUGUCUCCAUAGAAACAGGAACGACUAAAAGACAAGACAGCCUUCUAGCAGAUGUUUGUCCUUGGGAAACUGGGGCAAAUGAUGAGCCAGACAAGACGAAAAGACGAGAUGGCACUCAAACGGACGUUGGUCCAUGGGAAACUGAGGAGCCAAAAAAGACAGAGGAGAAAGAUGGUGUCAAAGUUGAUGUUUGUCCUUGGGAACCUGGAGAGACUGACAAGACAAAUGGACAAGACAGUACUGAAGCAGAUAUCUCCAAGGAAACACAAAAAGAGAAAAGACGAGACAGUGUUCGAGUUAAUAUUUGUCCUUGGGACACUGAUGUCCCCGAAGAACCAGAAAAGAUGAAAAAGCAAGACAGUGUUCGGGCAGAUGUUUGUGUAUGGGAAACUGGUCCAGCUGAAGAGUCAGAAAAUACUCAAAUCCAGGACAGCACCAAGGCAGAUAUUUGUCCAUGGGAGACCAGGGAUCCUAUAGAACCAGAGAAGAUAAAAAAGCAAGAAAGUGUCCGAGAAGACGUUUGCUCAUGGGAAACUGAUGAACCAGAAAAGUCUGCAGAGAAAGAGGAAACUAUCCUUGCCAGUGGCAGACAGGACGUCACAGAGACCCAGGGUGCACUCCCUAUGGAACAGGGUGACGCUGCAGAACCUGCAGCCGGCAGCACGCAGGGGGCAGAGGCAGCCAAAGCUAACGUGCCCCUGGCUUGGCGUGAUGCUAUGUGCCCUUGGGAGAUGGAAGAGACCAAACCACCAUCAUCCCCCUCAUCCAUCACAGAACACGACAAUAACUCUGACAUUUUUACAUGGGAUCCUGAAAACAUUCCUGAAGAGGAAGAGGAGGAAGACGAUGCCGAAAGUGCUGCAGAAGCCUUCAUCUUCCCAUCCGACUUGUAAAUGCCAGGCCUGUCAGUUACUGGCUGGAACAAGAAUUUCUCAGUGGGUCGUUACACCUGAUUCACUGACUGGGUCACUGUGCAAAGAUGUCCUAUAGCAGGGGGGGUAAUGAAUCGGACAUGACCUCUGCACACCUGAAUGUAGCAAAGGAGCCCUGGACUGUCCAUCCAUAACACUCCCCAGAAAGACACUGCUUCACAAGCAAUACACCCCUGGGCCAGGAUCUGCAAAUGCUCUGCCCACCAGAAGUACACCCCCCCCCCCCCCAGGUUCUCAAUCAGAGGAAGUAUCUGGAUGCAGUCCCUCUUCUUCUUUCCACUUUGACCCAAUUUUAGAUAAUGAAUAUUGUUUUGUGUCUCUUUGUGUGUUUAUAAGUGACAAUGUGCU